AUGCAGCUGAGCACCAGACUCCGGACGGCCCCAGAAGAAACCCCUUCCUUGCCUGCUCUCUGGGGGACAGCCAGGGGUGUAAGCCAUCUCUUUGGGCUGUUUGCAGGGACCAGUGGCGUGAACCAGCUGGGGGGGCCCUUCGUGAACGGCUGCCCCCUGCCCAACUUCAAGAGGAAGAGAAUUGUUGAGCUGGCUUCGUGUGGGCUGCGUGCUUCAGACAUCUCCCGUCACUUGAAGGUUUCCAACGGCUGUGUCAGCAAGAUCCUCACCCGCUACUACCAGACGGGGGCCGUCCAGCCAAAGGGCGUGGGAGGGAGCCGCCCUCGGACAUCAACGCCGGAGGUUGUGGCCCGAAUUGCCCAGCUGAAGUGGGAACAGCCGUCCCUCUUUGCCUGGGAGAUUAGAGGGAAGCUGCAGGCGGAGGGGGCCUGCGCUGCCAACAAGAUGCCCAGUGUGUCCUCCAUCAACCGAAUCCUUAGAAGUCUGCCAGCGGGGAUGCCCUUCGCAGAGCAGGCUGCCUUCCUCAAGCCUCUGCAGUCAGGUCUCACCUUGCCUUGGGAGAGGAGUCCCCAGGGUUCAGAGGGCGGGACAGAGGCCCCGGCUCCCCCCGAGGGGCUGCAGGAGGUGGCGAGGCCCCCCGCAGCAGGCAAGCCAGGCAGGAACAGGAGUCGCACUGUCUUCUCCAAGCAGCAGCUGGAGGUCUUGGAACAAGCAUUCCAGAGAGGGCCGUAUCCAGAGACGGCUGCCCGGGAGGAGCUGGCUUCUGCUACUGGGCUCCCAGCUGACACCAUCAGAGUUUGGUUCUCAAAUCGGAGAGCGAGGCAACAGCGAGAGGCCAAGGCUACGCUGGACACGGGACACGCAGGUUCUGGCCUGACCCCCUCCCCAAUUCCAGGUGUUCUUGUCCUGCCCUAA